AGGGUGCCAUCGCGAUUCCUCGGAUCAAAUUCGAUCGCGUCUCCGAGGACGUCCUGGAUACCGUGACACGGGAGAUUUGCGCAAUCACAUAGGCCGAACCGACGAUCCUCAACCUCAGCUCACCUCAGCUCAAGCUCGAGCUCACCAAACGUCAACCCACGCGCACACAGGCACAGAGAGAAGGAGAGACAAGGUCGGCACCGCAUCCUCGACUGGGCUCUGAAAUGGCGACCGACACAGAGACGCUCUCUCUGCCGACCACGACGGCUCCUACCGAGGUCGCCGCGUCAACGUGCCUGCCUCACGACGAGCAUCAGUGCCGCGGAAUGAAGAGAGAGUGGUGUACCGAUGAAUGGGACACGGGCAUCGCCACCAGCCUUCACUUUCCCGCCCAGCUGGGCGGCCCGAGCAACUCCGCGACGAGCCCUCAGCACCAGACACAGCAGCCUCAACAGCAGCAGGAUCAUGGAGGCGAUGCCACGGCGACGGGCAAGUGCGUUGCACAGCCGACACCUGACGAGUGCGAUCGGCCUCCAAAGCGCAGCGUAGAGGAGGCGUGCAAGCGCUCGCUCGAACACUUUCCCUGCCCGAGCGUCUCCUUCUCCAUGCCCACUCUCGAGUUUGACUUUCGCAUCGCCGUCGCGCUCAACCCGGAGCCCUCUCGGAUCGAGAACCGCGUGCAAAAGGAGAUCACCACCAUCAAGGGAGGCAGGUGGUCCGGCUCAUUUGGCAACGGCCGAGUCAUGGCGGGCGGGUAUGAUCUCGGGCAGGCACGGGGCUUUCGUCCGAUUCGCAUCGUCGAGGGCGCAUUUGUCCUGCAAACCACCGACCAGCCUCCGGCCAUGCUGGAGAUGCGCACGCGAGGGUCCUUAUCGGGCCCGUGUGACAUCCUCGACACCCUGCUCAGCGCUCGGGAAACCAAGGACAACAUCGAUCCCCGGCAGUACGGCUUUCGGACCUUUGCCACGGUCAAGACUGCGGACAAGCGCUAUGCCGAGUUCGUCAACUGUGGGCUCUGGGUCGCCAGUGGUGUGUGGCGAGGCGAAGAGCUGAUUAUCGAGUGA